CACAGUUUUGUAAUAUUGACAGAGCAAUUCCCUCACAGAUAAAAGUACCAUGCUGGGGCAGUUGAGUUAAAACCUGUAGACCAGAGGAAUGUUCAUGAUUCAUGAUUUCAAAUGAUGACAAUGACAAAUCAGGAAAACAAUGUCACAGUUGGGUCCAGAAGUCUGCCACUGUAUCCAUUGGUUAUCGUGUUUUUAGGGCUGCUGAACACCAUUCUGAUUCUGACUGCUAUUGUUAUUGGGAUUUACUGUGGCAAAGUCAGUGAGGAAUCCGCUCCACACCAAAUAACAGCACAAGGGCUCAUCAUAGAGGUGAAACAACUUCAGAUGAUGCACACUGAAGCAGUCCAAGCUCAAAAAAAGGCAAAGCAAUCAUUAGAGAAAGAGAUCUCGAUCCAUCAGCAACUAAAAAUUCAGUUAGAGCAGAACAGGACCAUCAUUGACAGCGUUCAGAGGCAGCUUGAAGAACUGCAUGUUGCGAGAGCUACACUGAAGAACAAUUCAUCUGAUAUCCUGAAAAGUUGUGGACGAUGCCAGUCAGGUUGGCUUUUAUUCAACACAUCGUGCUACUUUUAUAGUAAAUCAGCCUCCAAUCCCUUAAAGAACUGGCAGGAUAGCCGGGCAGACUGCAUCACGCGUGGGGCCGAUCUGGCUGUGAUUAAUAACGUGGAGGAACAGAUUAAUCUUUUUGAGUAUCUACCUAAACUGGAUCCGAACAUUCGACAGUGGUGGAGCACGCAAGCAGGCUUUUGGAUCGGCCUUACGGAUAUUCAAUCAGAAGGCCAAUGGGUCUGGGUAAAUAAUGUGACUCUGCAGGAUCAAGGGUACUGGAUAUCAGGUGAGCCCAACAACCAUGGAAAUGAACCCGGUCAGGACUGUGCAGCAUUUAUAAACAUUAAAAACCCAAGGAAAACAUUGUUUGAUGAUCCGUGCGAAUUACCAAGGGAUUGGUUAUGCGAAAUGGAGCCCAACUAGGAUUGGAAAGCAUGCUGGUCACUACCAAGGCUGAGUUUAAGUCUCCUCAAAGAAGUUGAGUAAUUUCCAUAUAUCCGGAUUUAGUGUAUAAUUGAAAAAAAGAAAAGAAUCAUGGAAAAUAUAAACAACUGUUCUUCAAUGCAGUUGAGCUUUAGUUGCUAACCGUCUCCUGGCUGUAGCGUCAUUUGUAUCUAACAGUUAUGAGAAUGGUAUCUAUUAAGUUAUGUAACACUAUUGGUAAUAAAAUGAAGAUGUAAAUGUAAGAUGGAGCCAAGUGAAACUUAAAUCCUCUCAAAAAGUCGAAAUCCCAAUAACUGGACAAAUCAUGUAUGUCUAUGAAAUAUCUUUUGAAUAAACUGCAGCUUGAUA